AUGUUUUCCGCCGCCGUUACUGAAGGUGGUCCGGCGACGGCCACCCGUUCACGCCGCCGCCAACGUCCCAAGUCCCAGGAGAGCCUCGUCCCGCAGCCCAAAGCCAAGCGUCAGCGUAUUCCCCUCUCGGAGCAGACCUUUGUCAACCCAGACGCGCAGCACGAUGCUGGUCAUGCCCCGGUCGCCGAGAAGAGCGCCGCGAUCGAGCCCGUUGCCGAUGCUGGCAUCGAAAACAUCAACCCGGUGCCGCGAAAGGAGCUCCACGUCCGCACGAAAAAGUCGAAACACGCCGAGAGAGCGGCGUCGAAAGGCGACGGCAGUGUUGUCUUGACGAGCACGAAUGCCUACGUCGUCAGCAAGCUGCCAGGCAUUCCGGAUAGAAUCCGCUCAGAUUGGGCCCUCAAGCAGCAUGCCGAUGUCUCGUCGUCGUUCGGAUACGCGUUAACCGUCACACAGACACACGCCCUGGUCUGGCCCUACAACUCGACAUCACAAUCCCCCGAGACAUUUACAUUCAACUUGCCAACGCCUGGCAGAUCCAGCGACCCUCUUCCAGUCGGAUGCUUCGUCUCCCCAUCAGCCUCCUCCACAGAACCUGGACUGGUCAUCGUCACCGCCAGCAGCGGCAGGGUUGUCUUUUGGGAGUCCAUUUCCAGCGCCGCCACUUUUGCCUUUAUCAAAAAAGACCGAUCUGGGGUUGAGCACAGCAUCUCUGGCAUGUCUCAUGGAGAAAAAGUCGUUUCCAUCACGAGCGCCGAGUCUGCUGGCUUCAUCAUCACCUUUAACUCUGGUCGCCUGGCAUACAUGAGUGUUCGCGACAACCACGGUCGACCCGCCAUCUCCGUACAAUUCCUGCGCUCAAGUAUCGCCAGUUCCGGGGGUGGAAUCUUUGGCAGCAUUCGCCAUGCCUUUUCUAACCUGUCAUUGCGCGGCGAGAUUGCUGCUGUGCGCGCCGAUCGAUCAGCACGCGUGGGCGAGCGCAACAUUGUCGCCCUUACUACAAAAGCCAAGCUUCAAGCUUGGAAGAUUCACCGCGGCGGCCACAAUGAGCACAUUGGCGAGGCUGAGAUGCGCGACUCGAUAUAUUCUGCCCUGUACGAGGCCGACCCAUACACAAAAGACUUUUCGCCGGAUUCCUUGGAGGCUCUCGACUUCACCUUUGUCCCCAAGGGCCUCGAGCACAAGUAUCUCGAUAUGAGCAGGCUUAGUGAUGCCAUGGCCAGUGACGACGCUUCCGUUCAGCACCUGCUACUUCUUGUAUCUCUGACCCGCAAGAGUGUGGCGCGUUAUUCGCUCGUCGAAGUUAUUCUUAAGCCCAACUCGUGCAAGGUUGGCAUCACGCGUCCCAUCACCUCAUACUCAACACCAUUGCAGCGCACUGGUGGCGAACCGACCACCUCCCCGCGACUCUACCUGCCACGACCUGCGCUGGUUGCAUUCGUCGUCUUUGAGAGAGCCACCGUUAUGGCCUCUGUUGCAAUCCCGCCCGAAUCGCCAGACUCACAACUCCAGUCUGAUAACCACAUCCUACCUCCAUCAUUUGAGGAUGUCAUCGAUUUUCGUGAAGAUGACCUCCACGAAAUCAUUGGAUCAGGAUACGAAGAAAUGUCAUCGACAACGCAAGAAGACAGCCGCAUCUUUCGCCCCAGGACGGCAAGGAAUCCAGCUGUAUUGCUAAUGGUUCGCGGUGCCGGCAUCAUCCGAGUCAUCACCACAGACAUCGAUAAAUUUGCCAGCGAGCAAGCCCCUCAGGUGUCUGCCAAGAGCAAACUUGAGCAAACUGUCUUCUUCGGCGCCAAGAAGGAGAGCCCGCUUGUUUUUGAUGGGCGACGUGAGGCUUCGUUCACAGGUAGAGAAAUUUCCGCAGCCGCCCUCGAGGUCAGCCAAGAGAUACUCAGCUCCACAAUAACAUAUAUGCCGACGUUACCUGCGUCUCUGGAAGACAACCUCCGAGAGCGUUCAGGUGCGCUGGAUCGCUUAAUACGACAUCUCCAGUCCACUGGAGUCGAUAUAGACCGCAAUACGCGAUGGAGUCUUCUCUACAAUGCCGAGAAGAUGCACGUCGCCAAGUUGUUAUGGAAACGCCACGAGGCAUUCACGACAACGCGACCAGCCGAUGAUAAAAAGAGCAUUAUCGGUUCCAUUGUGGAGUUUAUUCACGAGGAUCAAAAGUCCAACCCAGUGGCCGCUGCCGGCGAAGUCGAUGCCAUCCGCCAUUGGUUUAUCAACGAUGUGUUCCGGCUGGAGCUUUUCGUUGCUUGGGCCUACGAAGUCAUCAAGGUGCUUUACAGAGAUCGUCUGCUCGACGACGCUAAAAUUACCGUGAUGAUCAAUGAAGCCAUCCAAGUAAAUGUCGCUGCGCACUUUGGCGCGCUAGAAUUCAGAAAAGAAAACUUGGAGCUGUACGGCCUUGGUGAGGAAAAGCUGCGCCUUGGCAUCCUUCGUGACAGCUACGAGGGCAUGCCAGAGCCCUGGACGGGCUGCCACUAUCUGGCAAACAACGCAAAGCGUCUUCUCGACCUGUCCGACCAAUGGUACAAGAAGCACCACGCGCUGGUAUCCCCAAAAAACCAAGGAGCAGACAAGCCUGACCCGGCAAUUCUCACAAAGAUCUUUGAUGAGCUGCCCUCUUUGACAGAUGCCGCUCUAACCUCGGUUCUUGAAUAUGCUCGUUGGGGCGCUACUACUUCGGAACACAAGACCAUUGCGCAGACGUUUGCCCAGACCUACGCUGCUGCCCGUUUCGAAAAGCCAGUUUUCCUUGCAAGAGCUGGAAAGUGGGAAGAGGGCGCGCUGCUUGCAGAGAAGCACCAGUCGCUGCAUGGCCUGGCUGUGAUCCUCCUGGACCAUAUUGAGGCCGUCGAGGGGCAACUAGCGCAGCCAGGGCUUCCCCCCACUGAAGUCAAGAAUUUAAAGACUCUCCGCGAAGCCAAGAAGACGCAGCUCGAAGACCGAUUCAGCCGCUACGGCAAAGAUUUCGCUUUCCCCAUCUACGAGUUCCUGCUCGAGAAGCAUGGUGUUGAGGCGGUCCUAAACUUUGACCUGGAGACGCUUGGGUUCAAGACCCAAUUUCUACGCAGCAGACCGGAUCUGGCCCGUAUUUCCUGGAUCAAUGACAUUGAGCAAGAAAAGGACGUUGAUCAUGCCGCAGACACGCUCGUCAGCCUGGCCCUCACCAAAGAGCAGCAGGUCUGGAACAAGAAGGUUGAACUAAGUCUUGGCAAGCUUGCUCUGCUGGCUGAGGCCGAAGAAAAGCAGCAACAGCCCAACGGAUUAAAGGUCACAAUUGACGAAGCGCGUCAAGAAGGUCAGCUGGCGAAGGUGGAUAGGGAGCUCAUCACGCUUAAGAUCCAGGAUCAGCUCUACAACCAAAUCUUCCCCAGCACCUAUGACGCCGUGGACGAGGCUGCCGCUCUCAACUUUGCUAUGGAAGCGCACAGUGCCAACAUUCCUCGUCGGCAAAAAGCCCUGCUGCAGGUCUUUGAGGACGGCAUGGAGCGACUGCUCAAGCACGAAGCCCUCGACGCCAUGACCCUCAUCGACCUCCUCACCCUCGUCUCCCUCAAGCCCGAGUGGAAGGAGGAGAUUGCACACCCGUUUUGGAUGGCGCUCAAGGUGGCCGAGAGCAGCUGCCGCACCGAUGAAGUCAAGGAGGCGAAGCGGCUCAUCUGGCGCCGGCUGUUCAUCCGCGACGACUGGGCCCGAAUGAAUGACACGCAGCUCAAGCACGACCGCGAGGUGGUCGCGCAACUAGCCGACACGGAGCUGUACGCCGUCCUCGCCGACUGCGUGCGCUACCAGGACGAGCGCGACCCUUUCCGCCCCAUGGGGCCGCAGGAGGCGCUGGGCGCCUUCACCGAGGGCCUGGACCGGCGCUUCCGCGACCUCGGCCCCGAGUUCCAAGCCAAGCAGCUCGACGCCAUGCGCUGGGAGGACAAGGCUCUCAAGCAAAACGUCGAGAAGCACCGCCUGGGCGACUGGCUGCGCACGAGUCUGGCGCAAGCCCAGGCGGAAGUGCAGCAGCAGGCGGACGAGUCAGCCGCUGUCGUGCAGCAGGUCCCUGUCCCUGCGGAGGAGAUGGCGGCGGACGAGGUCAUGAAUGGCCAUGCCCUCCCGGGCAGUUUUUAA